GCGAGCGAGGUGUGAAGAGUUGGCCAGAAUGACCAACUCCUCCUCCACGUCCACCUCCUCCACCACCGGGGGGUCGCUGCUGCUGCUCUGCGAGGAAGAGGAGUCGUGGGCGGGCCGGCGCAUUCCCGUGUCCCUCCUGUACUCGGGCCUGGCCAUCGGGGGCACGCUGGCCAACGGCAUGGUCAUCUAUCUCGUGUCGUCCUUCCGAAAGCUGCAGACUACCAGCAACGCCUUCAUUGUGAACGGCUGCGCCGCCGACCUCAGCGUCUGCGCCCUCUGGAUGCCGCAGGAGGCGGUGCUCGGGCUCCUGCCCGCCGGCGCCGCGGAGCCCCCCGGGGACUGGGACGGCGCCGGGGGCAGCUACCGCUUGCUGAGGGGCGGGCUGCUAGGCCUUGGGCUGACUGUGUCCCUCUUGUCCCACUGCCUGGUGGCCCUGAACCGCUACCUGCUCAUCACCCGGGCGCCCGCUACCUACCAGGCGCUGUACCAGCGGCGCCACACGGCGGGCAUGCUGGCGCUGUCCUGGGCGCUCGCCUUGGGCCUCGUGCUGCUGCUCCCGCCCUGGGCGCCGCGCCCUGGCGCCACGCCACCGCGCGUCCACUACCCGGCGCUGCUGGCCGCCGCGGCGCUGCUGGCGCAGACCGCGCUGCUGCUGCACUGCUACCUGGGCAUCGUGCGCCGCGUGCGCGUCAGCGUCAAGCGGGUCAGCGUCCUUAACUUCCACCUGCUGCACCAGCUGCCCGGCUGCGCCGCCGCCGCCGCCGCCUUCCCCGGUGCUCCGCACGCGUCGGGCCCCGGGGGUGCGGCGCACCCGGCGCAGGCCCAGCCCCUGCCCCCCGCGCUGCACCCGCGGCGGGCGCAGCGGCGUCUCAGCGGCCUCUCGGUGCUGCUGCUCUGCUGCGUCUUCCUGCUGGCCACGCAGCCGCUGGUGUGGGUGAGCCUGGCCAGCGGCUUCUCGCUGCCCGUGCCCUGGGGCGUGCAGGCGGCCAGCUGGCUCCUGUGCUGCGCCCUGUCUGCGCUCAACCCGCUGCUCUACACGUGGAGGAACGAGGAAUUCCGCCGCUCCGUGCGCUCUGUCCUGCCCGGCGUCGGCGACGCGGCGGCCGCCGCCGCUGCCGCCACUGCCGUGCCCGCCGUGUCCCAGGCACAGCUGGGCACCCGCGCCGCCGGCCAGCACUGGUGA